AUGCACUUUACCAAGACCAUUGCAGCAGCUAUUGCCUUGACGGCAACUGUAUCAGCACUACCACUGCAAAAGAAAAGAGAUGAUGCUGUAGUCAACAGCCCAAAUAGUCUCGAAGGUGGCCUAAACUUUCUGUCCAUACAUAGCGGAGAUGGUGCCAAUCAGGUCAAGCGUGCUGAAGAUAUUCCAGAUGCUGCCAACCCAUUGGUUGAUUUGGCGGAGAACGUUGAAGGUGGUAUCGAGGGAUUCUUUGAUUUCCUGGGUGCUUCUUCUGGAGACGAAAAGUAA